AGUUUGGGACCGCCUUCCGGUCUUCCUUCCGCUCGGUGCUCCGCGGGGGUCAGUCAGUACAGGAUGCCUCAGUCUGGGUUCAGCUUGGAGUGCAGGCGGACGGGAGCUCAUCACAACACCUGUAAGGCCAAGGAUCGGCUCGACGGCCACAUUCCUGAUGCGCGUUGGAUUAACGGCACAGACCCCCGACGUGGAGCCACUGAGAGCACUGAAGCUGGCCCGCUGGACCGCCCCGAUCCCCGGCGCAUCAUUUAUGGUUAUUAUAACUCUGGCUACGGCCACAGGAGUACUAAAGCUGUGUCACCGAAGAAGAACCCUUCGACACAAGCGCUUCCAGCACGCCAUGAUGGUGCCGCUGCCAGAAGACUCGAAGGUGCGGCCGCGCUGGGCUGUGCGGCGGCCAGCGGUGCCACCAGGUUUGGCGCUCUCACUCCGUCCGCUGCGUCUGGACAAGCAGGACCAGAUCCCAGCUCGUCUGCAUCCAGGAAGAAACAAAGGGGAAGGAAAUACUUCAGGGACAAGAAGAAAAGAGACAGGGACGUGGACCCUCCAGGAAGUUACACGCACACCCUGAUGGCGCCGCAAGAGAACGAAGACUGGGAGGAAGAGAUCCAGGAGGUCGCUCUCAGAAACAGGGGAGAGAUGAAUUCACUGACCACAGCUUACGGUCCAGAAGACACGCUCCACUUCUUCCUGCAGGAUCUGACCCUGCGGCAGAGCGACUGGGCCGACGCGCUGGCGGAGGCUGAUUACGUCCCGGCCGUGCACCACGCACACCCGAUCCGAUGGCGCUGCUGCCACGUUCCCGUCCAAUCAGAGCAGUUCGCAGACGCUGAGGAGUAAGCCACAGGCUAGAUUACAGCCAGUGUAGAAAAAGAGCUUGUUGCUCAGAGCUUCUGCAGCUGGGUUGUAGCUCCGAGUAGGAUAUUAUCAUACGGGUUUGUUUAUUUUCCUCAAGUAGGGAAUCAGUUUGAUAAAUUAAAAGGCAAAUAUUUCCUCAGGUUCAGCAUAAAUAAGUCAUAAACUGUUCGCAGGUUCUUUAAUUCUAAUAUUUUAUAGGAUCUUUUAGUUAGGGUUUUGCUUGUUCUUAACUAGCUUUUGCCUUUUGCUCGACUUUACGCUGUCCGUCCUGUUUUUGAUACUUUUAAUUAGAAUUUUAAUAGUUUUGUUUCAAAUGCCCAAAAGCGGAAGGUGGCUCGCUGGAGAAGAGUGAUCAUUUGUAUUGUUUACCAAAUAGCACCAAAUAGUUCAUCAGAAAGACACACUAGGUUUGUGCUUUCCUCUGACAGUCGCAGGAAAGUCAGCGUGACGCUGGAAAUGUGGUUUGAUUAUGUAACGACGCCAACAUGUCUGCUUGUUCAUGCAAUACUUUUCAUUUUCUCAUCUGCAUGCAAUAAAUCCGG